AUGGCUUCGGCAACCAAAUUUCUGCUUCUUGUUUUACUUCUUAUGCCGUUUUACUUUUACACAACAGAAGCCCAUAAAUCGAACGUCACCCACAUAGAAUUCUACAUGCAUGACAUGGUUGGCGGCCCAAACCCGACAACCGUCCAGGUUGUGGCUAGAUCCAAUUUCACAGGCCCGGAUCCAGUUACCGCCACGUACGGAUCCAUUUUUGUUAUAGAUAACCCACUUACCGUCUCAUCCAACCCGAAUUCGACAGUUCUCGAACAUGCCCAAGGGAUCUACACUAUGUCAUCUCAGCAUAAAGAGAUUAGUCUUCUGAUGUCAUUGACUUAUGUGUUCACUAGUGGAACAUACAAUGGCAGCUCCUUCAGUGUCCUCGGUCGGAAUCCAGUGAUGAGAGAAGAACGAGAAAUGCCCAUCGUCGGUGGUACCGGGAUUUUCCUUCUCACACGAGGAUAUUCCUUAGUCAGAACAUUUUUCCAUAAAUAA